AUGAGUUCAUUGGGGGUUAUCCUCAUCCAUCACUAUAUGGUCGUAAAGAAGAAACAACAAACAACAGGUGCUCCUUUUGAGUUAAAGGAAAACAUUGCUGGUGUUACUGAUGUUCCAGCACCAGUUGUUGCAGAUAACAAGAAGAGCAGCAAAUCAAAAAAGGAUGAUAAGAAGACCACUACCGCCACCACUACUACUGCUGCUGCUGCUGCUGCUCCUCCAGUUGUAGCUGCUCCAGCCCCAGUUGUUGUUGCACCAACUCCAGUUGUUGUUGCUACUCCAGCUCCAGUUGCUGCUGCUGCUGCUGCCCCAGCUCCAGUUACUGAAAAGAAGGAUAACAAGAAGAAGAACAAUAAGAAGGAUUCAUCGGUUGUUGCUGAAUCAACCCCAGCACCAGUUGUUGCCGAAAAGAAGAAACCAGCCUUCAAAAAGGUAGUUCCACCACCAGUUGUUGCCACUCCAAAGAUUCAACAAAAGAAACAUAUCUUGCACUACCUCGACGUCGAUGAAGACAUGAACAACAGUCACUAUGACGACAAAUCAACAAGCGUCACUAAAAAGGAGGAAAAGAAGAUUCAAAGACAACAACAAGAAAAGGAGAGAUUGGAACAAAAGAAGAAGGCCAAGGUCAACUCGGUGGCCUCUGUCAAAAAGGAAAAGAAAAAGGAAGAGGAUCAAUUACUCGAACAACAACAAAAAAUAGUAAAGGAAGAAGGUGGAUGGUUAAUCGAAUUGAUGGAAUCUUUGGUCAAGCCAGGUGUUCCACAAGCCAUCUACAAGAUCAUUUUCCUUUCCAUCUUGGGUAUCCUCACACUCUCACUAUUUGCACUCUCUGCCAGUGGUCUUCCAAACAAGAACAUUUAUAUGAUUGUUUUGGCUGUUUUGGCCAUCGGUCUUGGUUUAUUGAUUGCUUUGUUCAUCAGUGAAUAUGCUAAUUCAAGAGGACAAGUCAUUCAAAAUUUAAAGACAAAUAAGAAAAAGAAUUAA